AAAUAUUUACACAUUUAAAUAUGUAUACAUAACAUAAAAAGUAAAUAUGCGGACAUAAGAGUGCCAAUAGUAAAUAUAUAGAAAGCCACUUUGCAUAAUACUGAGCCAAGAUUGACUAUGGCAGUUUUACCGAAUAUUAUAGCCCAAGCGACCGAAACUUCUAGAAGCGGACCGCACGGCGGUGAGUCUAUUGUAUCUAAUAUUUCAAGGCUCCUUUCUCCCCACCACACCGUCCUCAGAUUCGGCAUAGAAUUCGAGCAGAUGAACAGCUGUGAACCGGCUCUAUCCCCUCUCCUACUAAAAUUUGGAUGCUCUGUCUUUGUCUCUCCCGCUCUGCUCCGAAUUUGCCAGAGUGACGCCAAGCUAUCCAGUGCGACCGUUGAACUUGUUCAAAUCGGAGCUGCCACAAUGUCUAACGUACAUCCCUUUUGUGUAUAUUGCUCCAAAAAAAGCGGAAAAUUACAUCUUUUUGAUGCGGCCAAAUUAAAUAAGUGUUUAUCGAUAUUAAAAAUUCGGAAAGACGGUGAUUUGACUUUCUCCAACGUUGUGUUGCCGGAACAGCCGAACAAUUUUCAAAGAUACCACAGCCAGUGCCAUAACCGUUUUACAGCAUUACCGCCUAAACAACGAGGAUAUGAUCCCAAAAAGCAGGCAUCUUCAUCUUCAAGUACAGAUGCUGUGGAAGGCGAGCAUUUCGCUACAAACGAGGACGCUGCCGGCUUUCCAUGCAUUGACGGGUUGCGACUAUAAUCCGUCAUUUUUCAAGAAAGGAAAAAGCCGGCCGUAUAAAAUUUUACAAAACUCAGAACGUUUUAUCGAUAGUUUUAUCAAACUAAGCAACGCACCUGACGACGAGUUGCAGAAUACGUUUGAUAUUAUAGAAGAAUAUGUUUGUCGUAUGUAUGGAUUCAAAAAAAUCAACAAAGUCAAUGAAGCACGAGUUGCAACAUUUUUGAAGACGUACAAGGUUUUACAAAACGAUGACAUAUUCCGGUUACCGAAGAAUAAUAUCGACGGAUCAGCUCUGCCUCCCUGCAAAAUUGAGCUGCACCAACAUUUGCUGCGGACAACAUACAUAGCAAAUAUUUGGGCACAUGCUCAUCUUCAGGUUCCAACGGCAUUACAUCCGACUGAUUUUGGAUGGGAAGAAGAUGAGGGAAAAUUCAAUUUUAAAUGGUUCGAGGGUGACCAGCUACCCGCUACCCUUGGUGAUAUAACUAUCGAUGAUGGCGAGGACCAAAAAAGUACUGAAGAUCCUGACGAAGAUCUUUCACGGGUCGACAUCGCUGUCAGUGAUAAUGACAGCGAUAAUGAGUACGAUGGCGAUGAAUCCGAAGAAAGCGAAAUUUAAAAUAUUAGCUAUUCACGUAUUAGCACACUAUGUAUAUUUAUUUUGAAUUUUAGUAUGCUUUUUGUAAAUAAAUAAUACAUUUUUAAGUAAUUAAUAGUAAACCUACUUUUUAUUAUCCUCCUUUAGAGCAGAAAAGUUAUACGUAUCUAUCAUCCAAUAACUGCAUGGACGGCACGCUGUGUUUAAUGAGAAAAGUAUAGUUAUCUGAUACCGCAAGAGCUGAAAUUUGGUAAUACAAUAGUUGACUAAAUAAGUUAAACGAAAAAAAUAUCCAGCUUUAUAUUUAGUGAGGGAAAAGUGUCCAGCCGAUGCAGUCAAAGAUACGACGCGCCCGAGCGCAUACCCGUGCGCAGCAUCCUUCACUGCAUCAGCUGGACACUUUUCCCCCACUAAAUUUGAAGCUGGAUGUUUUUUUCGUUUAAGUUAUUAAUUUAACUAUUAGUUUACAAAAUUUCAGCUUUUGUAGUAUCAGUUUACUCAGCGCAUAUUUUUCACUUCUUUACGUGAAAAGCUGGAGCAUAAUCCCCCACUCUAAAUUCGGCUGGA